CAGCCCUACCACCCACCACCCCACCCCACCCCACCCCACCCCACUCUCUCCCUCGCUCCUCGCCCAAACCCAAGAACCCUGACCCAGGCGGCAGCGCGCGCGCGGUACCCGAGGGAGGAAGAGGAAUGGAAGAGGAGGCCCGGCCGCCCCUGCUCCCGGUGCGCGUCCCGGUGAACGGCGAGGACCUGGCCCCGGCAGCGGGCGCGUGCGGCGUCGGCGGCGGCAGGGCGGAGAUCGACACCUCCGCGCCGUUCGAGUCGGUCCGGGAGGCCGUCGACCGCUUCGGCGGCAGCGCCGCCUGGAGCUCCCACCUCGUCAACCGCAUCUUCGCCCACCACAAGAAGCAGGACCGGAGUGUGGGUGCUGAAGACGCGCAACGCGUCAGUCUGGCGGAGCAGACGGCGCAGAUAGAGAAGGAGCUCGGCGCCAAGGAGAGGGAGACGCUGGAUGUGCUCAAGCAGCUCGAGUCCGCCAAGAAGAUCAUCGCAGGUUUGAAGCUCAAGAUUCAGAAGAAAACAGCUGAAGAUACAUUACAGCCUGAAGAAGACAAGCGGCAGACAGAGAGCAACUGCUCUCUCACUGAGGUGUCCGCAGCGGAACCUGAUGUGAAGCAGCCCGAGGGAAAUGCCGAAGCUCCAGAAGAAGAGCAAACAGCAGAAGUGAAGCAGCCCGGGGGAAAUGCCGAAGCUCCAGAAGAAGAGCAAACAGCAGAAGUGAAGCAGCCCGAGGGAAAUGCUGAAGCUGCAGGUGUGGAAACAGCAGGAACUGGAGUGAAGCAGCGGCCUGAGGGCAAUGCUGGAGCCGAUGUGGACAUGCUCGAUGAACAGCAGCAUCCUAACUUGGUUCUGAUGGAGCUCGAGCAGGCAAAGUCGAACCUGAACAGAACCACGGGUGAUCUCGCUGCCAUAAGGGCCUCCAUCGAGUCGCUGCGCAACGACAUCGCGACGGAGAAGGUCCUUGUAGAGAGGAGCCGGGAGAAGGUGUCCUCGGAUGCCACCUUGGUUUCUUCUCUGGAGCUGGAGCUGGAUCAGACCACGCAGAAGCUGCAGACGCUGAAGGAUCUUCAGAGAAGGCGUGAGGACCCCUCGGACGUCUUCUUCGAGAUCAAGAAGAUGACUUCCGAGAUAGAGCAGCUGAGAAAUGCUGCAAAUGCGUCGAAAUCUGAAGCCAUGAUGCUAGCUGCCGAGAUUGAGCAGACCAAGGCUACCAUUGGCACUGCUGAAAUCAGGUGUCUUGCAGCCAAGAAGAUGGAAGAAGCAGCAAGGGCAGCUGAAGCUCUUGCACUAGCUGAGAUCAAGGCCCUACUCUGCACUGAAUCCUCAGCUGGAGAUCUCCAGGGCGUAGAUGGAGUGAGCCUUUCUGUGGAAGAGUACUCCGAGCUUGCUUUGAAGGCUCAAGAGGCCGAUGAAAGCUCGAGGAACAAGAUUGCAGCUGCCAUGGUCCAUGUCGACGAAGCCAACCAAUCAAAGUCGGAGUCACUCACAAGGCUGGAGGAAGCCAAAAUGGAGGUUGAGGAAUGCAAGAAGGCACUACAAGAGGCCCUGAAGAGGGUAGAGACUGCCAACCGAAGAAAGUUUGCGGUGGAAGAGACUCUUCGGAGAUGCAGAUCCGAGACCGGACACAAGAGACGCUCAUUCUGUGGCUCCCCCAAGUUCAAAACUGCGGCACAUCGUCACAAACAUGAUUCUCACUGCAUGGACAUCAUUGAUGUUUCAGACAACUCCAUGAAGCCGACACUGUCGAUCGGGCAGAUAUUGAGUAUGAAGCUAAUGGGGCCUGAUGGCUACGACAAGAGCGUGUCGGACGACACGAGCGAAACCUCCAGUGUCUCCCUUGGCCAAAUCCUGAACAGGAGGCAGGCAAUCGUGUAUAGCAGUGAUACAAGUGCUAACAAGAAAUUCUCCGGAAAGAGGAAGAAGUUUGCCUUCACUGGGCUUUCAGUUUUCCUGGCAAAGCAGGCUAAGAGCAAGAAGAAGAGAGGAUCGGAUGAGAACUGAUGUCAACUCUGCCAGAACACUAGCUAGUUACUGAGUGUUUUGACCCCCUAUUUCCAUGUCAUGUGUUCGUGUAUAAUGUUCCUAGGAGUAUAAUAUGUUUCUAGGUCUAGUGAGGUUCUGAUAUUUUCUGUAGCUCCAUGUACCAGUUCGUCAGUCUGGCAUCUGCUGACUGAUGUUGCUUGUUAGGGUAGUCAUAAGAGUUAGACAGUCUAGCAUCAGUCCAGUAUCAUGUGCUCUAUGAACAUGCAACACUAUUAUUACCUAUGGAAGAAGACAUUCAUCUGUACCAGUA